CACAUAGGAUCCAUGGUUAACUGGCAUGAGUUUCGAGGCCAGGUUCGAAGGGGAAGACGUUGCGAGGCGUAUCGUAAAAGAUGGGUAAGCACAGACCGGAACAUUCAUGCUCUAGUGAAAUUAAAUACUAGCGCAGCGAGAGUGCGUAUAGAGCCGCCUCGAAGCCAUUUAAACCGGCUGGAGGCGAGGAUAUUCGCCUGGCUUUUCACUGGCAUAAAUCUUCGCCCGACAUACCGACCACGUGUUGUAUUGACAAUUGGAUUGCGGGACACGGUCGUUAUUUUCGAUUCCAAUAAUACCGACCGAGACAAAAGAGUUUAGAACAAGAAUUAACCCUUUAGGGGGAGCAGAUGUAAAAAUUUACACAACUAUAUUUAUAAAAAAUAUGUUAGAUCUUAAGAGGAUUUUUGACAUUAAUUAGAAAAUUAUGAAUGAUAGAAUAUUAAUUUUUUAGAAAUUUAUAAUAAAAAUCUUAACAUAUGAAAAGAUAAUGUAUUUAUUGUUUGUUAAAAAUAUGAAUUACAUCAUUAUUAUUUUUUUGCCUUGAUAAUAAAAAUUAUCUGCAAUUACUCUAAUAUUAGACUUAAGGCGCCGCCGCUAUGAUUCAUAGUUAUGUACAUGUGUAAUUAAAGAACCUAUUAUUGUUUAUUAAAUUGUUUUGUUCACAUAAACAUUAAUUCUAACGGUUUGUGUUAGCUAUCAUAAUUAUCUAUUUUAUAAUUUAUUUUACCUAUGUAAGUUUAUUAUGUAACAAAAACUGUUAAUAUUUAAUUAUUUAUUAUAAUUGUUAACAUUUAGUAGCAAUAAAUACAUAGUACACUAGAUAGAAACUAAUAAAACACUAAUUGUUAAAUACAAUAUAAAUAAAAUAUUUAAUAUUUAAAUAUUUAAAUAUAUAAACUUAAUAUCUCAUAUUAAAUGAAAUAUGCGUUGGUUCUAUCAAAAAGAAGAUAAUGAUAAUAUUCCAUUCAUUGUUAAAAUUCCAUUCUUCAAAGCAUACAGGAUACACUUCGUGUCUUGUGAAAACUGAGAUUAAUAAAUAUAU